AUGGAUUCAGAAACCGUUACUACCAAUGCGACCCUACAAAACCACCAAGACGAGACCGAGAGAGAGUUCGAGAAGAAUCAAAAACGGUACGAAGACCUAAUCACCUCGUUCCCUCACACCCAAGGCUGGAGACCAAAAUCUCCUCUGAUCAUGUACGGUGGUCACUGGAUAGUGAAGCCUCUCCUUGAACGUUGGCUUCACGCGAGAGACGUCUUCCAAGCACGACCCGUCGACUUCUUCGUUUGUAGCUACCCAAAGUCAGGUACCACUUGGCUCAAAGCUCUUACUUUCGCCAUCGCAAAUCGUUCUGCCUCUGACUCUGACCAAUCCUCAAACCCUCUCUUAAAAUGUAACCCUCACGAGCUUGUUCCUUUCAUCGAGGGCAAACUCUAUUUGCUCCCUCAGAAUGAUGUUGUGGAGGACAAAGGGAACACUCUCUUCUCAACUCAUAUCCCUUACGGGUUAUUACCGGAGUCAAUCUCGAAAGCCGGUUCUAAGAUGGUUUACAUAUGGAGAGACCCAAAGGACACCUUUGUCUCCAUGUGGAACUUCUUCCAGAAGGAAAGGUCAGACAACGGUCCUCUCAACAGUCUUGAGGAGUCUUUUGAUAUGUUCUGUCGUGGUCACUCUUUGUACGGUCCUUAUCUAGAUCAUGUCAUGUCGUAUUGGAAAGCCUAUCAAGAGAAUCCAGAUCAGGUGCUUUUCCUCAAGUACGAGACCAUCAGAGCUGAUCCUAUACCCUAUGUGAAGGAACUGGCUGAGUUUAUGGGGUAUGGAUUCACAUUUGAGGAAGAGGAGAAAGGGGUUGUUGAGAAAGUUGUGAACCUUUGCAGUUUCGAGUCGUUGAAGAAUGUUGAAGCCAACAAAGGAGAGAAAGACAAAGAGGAGAACAAAGGUAAGGUAAGCAGUAAUGAUGUUCCUUCUAAGUUGUAUCCGAAUAGUGCGUAUUUCAGAAAGGGGAAGGUCGGAGACUGGAGCAACUACCUGACUCCGGAGAUGGCGGCUCGUAUCGAUGGAUUGAUGGAAGAGAAAUUUAAGGACACAGGUCUUUUUGAGCAUGGUAAUUAA